AUGGGUCCUCUUUCCUCCCAGCUGGGACCUGAAAGCUGGCUCAGACAGGUGUUGGGAGAUCAGGGACAGACCCGUCUGCCCUACAACAACGAUGCAAAAUUUGCCGUGCGGCAGCAUCUGCUCGACCUGGUGUCGGAGUUUCCCACGCUGGUCCUGAAACAGCAGCAGUACACACACACCAAUGGAAGCACUGUGCAGCUGCUCAUGGCGGAUGGGACCCUUCCCAUGUACUAUCAGGGGGUGAAGUACAACAUACCUGUGUCAAUAUGGCUGCCAGAGGCGUACCCAAGGCAGCAGCCCAUCAUGUAUGUGGUUCCGACCUCAGACAUGAUCAUCAAACCGCAACAUUCUUUUGUGGAUCCCUCGGGCAUGGUCUUCUCCCCGUACCUCCGGAACUGGAUCUAUGGAAGAUCAAACCUUGUGGACAUGGCUCAGGACACAUCAAUGCAGUUUGGCCACGAUCCACCUCUGUUUUCAAAGCCACCCAACUGGGCCCCACCAGCACAGCCAUCAUCCACCUCGCAGCAUCCUGACACAUUCCUGGCACACAAUCCCAUUCACAGGCGCAGUUGCAGCAAUGUCAGGCCGACCUCCCUCCCCACCUCCGCCAAACUUGGAGUCAAGAACAAUCUGCAGGAGCUUUUCAGGAAGUCAGCAAUUGCAGAGCUGACCAAGCGGCUUCAGGGCAGCCUGGCACGCGCGAACGAUGCGGCCACAGCAGACAUGGAUAAGCUGUUUGAGCAGCAAGCAGAGCUGACCAGGCGGGAAAGGGACAUCACAAGAGGCGUGGAGAGCAUACAGGCUGAGAGGCAUGCGCUGGAGGGGUGUGUGCUGGAGAUGUCAGGGAAGGCGGCAGCUCUGGGAAAGUGGCUGGUUGAGAAUGAGAAGAAGCUGGUGUCGGGUGAGGUGGAUGCAGACACAGCAAUUCUGCCGGCGGACGUGCUGUCGAAGCAGGCGCUGGAGGGGCAGGCAGAGGACCUGGCCCUGGAGGACACCCUGUACUCCCUGGACAAGGCACUGCAGAACAACUCCCUCACGCCAGAGCUGUACAUCAAGCAGGUGCGGGCUCUGUGCGGGAAGCAGUUCAUGGUGAGGGCGCUGGGCCGCAAGGUGGCCAACAGGCAGGACCAGCUGAGGAGGGCAUACCACAAUGCGCCCACAGCCGCAGGCUCCUUGCGACGGGAUUCCGUGCCGGGGCCCUCGCAUGUGCAGAUGCCCCAGGGCGACUCUUGGACCAGCGUUGGCAUCCUGUCCAACCCCCUCACCCAGGGGAGAUGA